AUGUAUAAUUUAUACCAUCAAGACAUUGAUCCUUACGAAAAUGUUUGGCAAAGAUGUCAAACCGAUGUUGGUAGGAGUGUCAAAGGUCAACGCACAAAAGAUAAAGCCCAUUUAUGUUCAUUUUCAUCGGUCAUUGCUGUUCGAUCGAAAGAGUCUUUUAAUGGUGUCAUCCACAUCGAUCCACGGCAUUGCGGAUUAUUAUUCAGCGUAUCGGCUCAUAAUGUGUGGUCCUCAGCUGCGUAUCGCUGUCGGUUGAAUAAGAGGAUAGGGAGAGAGUCGGUAAAGGCUUUAACGCGCAACAAUUACGUCCAUUGGUUUGACGAUAAACACAGCGACGGUGGCAUAACGUUAAUUGUUUCCGUGAAACUAAUCGGACGGCGAGAGCUGGAAAAGUGGAUCUUACUCGUGUGGGUGGUUCGUGGCGGUAGUUGGUGGCAGUGGUGCCGUAGCCGAAAACGUGUACGCCUACGCCGUGACAAAAGCAGUCAAGUCUCUUCCAAAGGGACAAGCAGUUUUGACGGCAUUCACGUUGGGGUUUUCCUUGGUAUGCCCGACCCACAAGACGGUUGCCGCCGGAAGCGUAAAUAUUCAGAGGGCCAGCCUUCUGUUGCCCCCCUACAACAGCUGCUUAAUCAGCACCAUCAACAACAGCAGCAGCAUCAACUGAUGCCAACUUUGGCCAAUACACCAAGUAAUCAUACGGAUACGCCAAAUACGACUGAACGUUUUCGAAAGCUUUCAGUAAAUGCCAAAAGCUAUCUACGUUUAUUUAUGCUGACGUUUCACUUCAUAAGUUGUUUUGUUGCACUGGCGAAGCAGUUUGGCGGCGUACAGGGUCAUGCUCUUAUUCGGAUGACGCGGACAUGCUUACAAUUAAAUGAUUGCCAACUGCACGAAGCAUACACACAGCACAAGAACACAUCCGCAACCACAGCCGAUCACCGUGCUCCGCCAGUCAAGCGCAAACCUGUAGAUCAAGCUGAAAGUUCGAAGGUAGACGUACCAGUUCAAGUAGUGAAUUCAUUGCCAGGAAAUAAGACGGGAAUCAAAACGAAUAAUAAUAAACAAUUCAACAAUAAGACGAGCGCCCGUACGAAGCCCAGCACAGAAGGAGAAUAUCAGUUAAUAAAAAAUGAGGUGCUCGUCUCUCCCUAUCGAAACCAAUAUGAGGUAUUAGAAUUUCUGGGUAAAGGUACGUUUGGACAAGUUGUCAAAGCAUGGAAGAAGGGAACGAAUGAAAUUGUCGCAAUUAAAAUACUCAAAAAGCAUCCGUCGUACGCACGACAGGGGCAAAUCGAGGUUUCAAUUUUAUCAAGGCUGAGCAAUGAGAAUGCAGAGGAGUUCAACUUUGUUCGGGCUUAUGAGUGUUUCCAGCACAAACAUCAUACCUGUUUGGUGUUUGAAAUGCUGGAGCAAAAUUUAUACGAUUUCCUGAAGCAAAAUAAGUUCAACCCAUUGCCCCUGUCCAGUAUCAGGCCGAUCGUACAGCAAGUGCUUACUGCGCUGCUUAAACUAAAGCAUUUGGGAUUGAUUCAUGCUGAUCUGAAACCGGAAAACAUUAUGUUAGUUGAUCCGUCAAAUCAGCCGUUUCGAGUGAAGGUUAUUGAUUUUGGUUCCGCAUCACACAGGAGCAAAGCAGUUACAAAUACCUACCUCCAAUCACGCUAUUACCGAGCUCCGGAAAUAAUCCUGGGUUUACCUUUCCGUGAAGCAAUCGAUAUGUGGUCGUUAGGUUGCGUGAUAGCAGAAUUAUACCUCGGCUGGCCGCUUUAUCCUGGCAGCAGCGAAUUUGAUCAAAUUCGAUACAUUGUGCAAACCCAGGGACCGCCGCCGUUGCAGAUGUUAUCAACAGCAGCUAAAACACACCGUUUCUUCAAGCAGAUUCACGAUAAUGGUGUGGCACCAUACUGGCGUUUAAAAUCUCCCGAAGAGCAUGAGCAAGAAACAUCUAGCAAAUCAAAAGAAACGCGAAAAUAUGUGUUUAACAAUUUGGAUGACGUCUCGCAAGUAAACAUUCCAACAGAUCUGGAUGAUGUUGAUAAGGAGUGUGAACAGUUGGAUCGUGCUGAUUUCGUGAAUAUUCUGAAGAAAAUGCUGAGCAUUGAUCAGGAUAAACGUGUCACACCAGCUGAAGGCCUUCAGCAUCCGUUUGUUACGAUGGGACAUGUUUUCGUUUAUGGUCCAACGAAAUAUAAUCAAAUUGCACAUCAACGAAUGGAAGUGUGUAACCGUAACGGACGUACGGCUGCACAUUCGCAACUACUACAGCAUCGUAACGUUGCCACGGCGUCGCAGUCAUCUGCGCCAACAGCAACGCUUGGUGCAUCAGCUCCUAUAAUCAGUGCACCUGUGGCCGCUGCGGCACCACAAAAUGUUGCUCCAACAAUACCACAAGUACCACAACUUCAGCAAGCGGAACUUACGCAUUUAUUGAACCAGUAUGGUGCAGCAACUGCGGCAGCAGCUGUUGCCGGUACGCAAAGCUGCAAUCUUCCCUUUGUCUAUCAGCCUUUAACCGUCUAUCCGUAUGCUGCCCGUCAAGCUCCAUUCGCAGGCUUCAUGAACCCACAUGCUGCUGCAGCCGCAGCAGCUGGAACUUUGGUACCACAACUUGUUUCGAUUCCAUUUGUCGAUGGUCCAAUGCUGGCAACGCAAGCUAUCCCUCCGGCUCCAGCGGCGUGGACGCAAGCAGCUACAGCGUCAUUGAUGCCAUGGGCUCUUCCGAAUACAACAGCACUUUUUGCUAAUGAAUUUAUCCUACCUGCUCAUUUGCAAACGACGCGUAAUGUUGCCGCAUUGGCUGCAGCGGUGGCAGCGGGCAGUCCUUUUUCGCAUCUUCUGGCCCCACAAAUCAAAAACUAUCCAGAUUUAACGAAUACGGACCCUGCCGCCAUAUUUUGGAAUGAUCUUGUCCAGCAACAGCAGGUCCGUGGGCGACAAGCGCCAGCAGCUUCAGCAAAUCCCAAUGGAACACUACCGACAAGUACUAACCUAUCUAAUCUACGUAUGAGAUUAGGCCCAAGUGGUCUUGCGAAAGAUCCAGCAAUUAUAGCAGCUGGACCACGGAUGAACAGCACUGCAUCAGGUUUAGAAACACCAAAAUAUCAACUUGAAGGAGCGCGGGUUUCAAAAAGUAUGAAAGUUAAAAGCACGCCAUCACCUGCAAUAUCAGUAAUCACGUUAUCGUCAACAGACGAAGACGAUGACCAAAAUAUUGUCGGGUUAAGCAAUGAAAAUGCGAGCAUAGCAAGUUCAAUGAGUUCAUCGCUUUUGAGCAGCAGUUCAUCUGUACUUAUUCCACCACCAACAACGGGUGUCGUACGUAAGCCGAGUGCUCGUUGUGCUGUUGUGCGACCAAUGAUUGAUGUAAAACGCGAAGCUGAUGAUGCAAAUAAAACUAAUAUUCGUAACUUAUUUCCUAGCGUGGAUUUUGCAACUGCGCUUAAUACUACAUUUCCACCAUAUUAUGGUCAUUGA